AGGCAGGAGGAGAAUGGGGGGCACGGACUGGGGAGGCCGAUGGGGGGCCGCUGCCUAAGCCCGGGGGGCCUCCUGCAAGGCCCCCCCUCCCCAUAAAACACACGCAAAUCCGGGCCCGGCGGUAACCAUGACGAUCCCUAAGGAGAUGCCGGAGAAAUGGCCCUGGGUCGCCGUGGCGACGGGCAGCCGUGGACAGGCGCCUGGGGGGACAGAGGAGGAAAGGCGGGUGAAAGCAAACGCCCGGGAGUAUAACGAAAAGUUCCAGUAUGCGAGUAACUGCAUCAAGACGUCCAAGUACAACGUGGUCACAUUCCUGCCCAUCAACCUCUUUGAGCAGUUCCAGGAAGUGGCUAACACUUACUUCCUCUUCCUCCUUAUUCUCCAGCUGAUUCCACAGAUAUCCUCCCUUUCGUGGUUCACCACCAUAGUGCCUUUGGUUCUUGUGCUUACCAUCACGGCGGUCAAGGAUGCCACCGACGAUUACUUUCGCCACAAGAGUGACAACCAGGUGAACAAUCGCCAGUCUCAGGUGCUGAUCAAUGGGAUCCUCCGUCAGGAACAAUGGAUGAACGUUCGCGUGGGUGACAUCAUAAAGUUGGAGAACAACCAGUUUGUGGCGGCUGACUUGCUCCUCCUGUCCAGCAGCGAACCUCACGGACUUUGCUACAUCGAAACGGCAGAGCUGGACGGGGAGACCAACAUGAAGGUCCGUCAGGCCAUCCCAGUGACGUCGGAGCUGAGUGACACCAGCAAGCUUGCGCACUUUGAUGGGGAGGUGAUCUGCGAGCCGCCCAACAAUAAGCUGGACAAGUUCAGUGGGACGCUCUACUGGAAGGACAGCAAGCACUCCUUGAGCAACCAGAACAUGCUGCUUCGUGGCUGCGUCCUCCGCAAUACGGAGUGGUGUUUUGGCCUUGUCAUCUUCGCAGGCCCAGACACCAAACUAAUGCAGAACAGCGGCCGCACAAAAUUCAAGAGAACGAGCAUUGACCGCUUGAUGAACACCUUGGUGCUUUGGAUCUUUGGCUUUCUCGUGUGCAUGGGCGUAAUCCUGGCCAUUGGCAACUCCAUCUGGGAGUACGAGGUGGGCGCCUGCUUCCAGAUCUACCUGCCCUGGGACGAGGCGGUCGACAGUGCCUUUUUCUCUGGCUUCCUCUCCUUCUGGUCCUACAUCAUCAUCCUGAACACGGUCGUCCCCAUCUCCCUCUACGUCAGCGUGGAGGUGAUUCGCCUUGGGCACAGCUACUUCAUCAACUGGGAUAAGAAGAUGUAUUGCGUGAAGAGGUGCACGCCGGCCGAGGCCCGGACCACGACCCUCAACGAGGAGCUGGGGCAGGUGGAGUACAUCUUCUCUGACAAGACGGGCACCCUCACCCAGAACAUCAUGGUCUUCAGCAAGUGCUCAGUGAACGGGCGCAGCUACGGUGAUGUCCUGGAUGUUCUGGGUUACAAGGCUGAGCUUGGAGAGAAGACGGAACCAGUGGACUUCUCUUUCAAUCCCCUGGCAGACCCCAAGUUCACCUUCUGGGACGCGGCGCUGCUGGAAGCGGUCAAGCUCGGCGACCCUCAUGUGCAUGAGUUCUUCCGCCUCCUCUCCCUCUGCCACACGGUCAUGUCCGAGGAGAAGAGCCCAGGGGAGUUGUUUUACAAAGCCCAGUCCCCAGAUGAGGGCGCCCUGGUGACCGCCUCCCGCAACUUUGGCUUUGUUUUCCGCGGACGCACCCCCAAGACCAUUGUGAUCCAGGAGCUGGGGCGGCCUGUCACCUACCAGCUUCUCGCCAUCUUGGACUUCAACAACGUCCGCAAGCGCAUGUCAGUCAUUGUACGGAACCACGAGGGGCAGAUCCGGCUGUACUGCAAAGGAGCAGACACCAUUUUGCUGGAGAGGCUUCACCCGGGACACCAGGAGCUGUAUAACGUCACCACUGACCAUCUGAAUGAAUAUGCCGGCGAGGGUCUGCGGACGUUGGUGCUUGCCUAUCGCGACCUUGAAGAGAGCUACUACGCGGGCUGGGCUGAGCGCCUGAAGCGAGCCAGUUCCGCCGGCGAGGGUCGCGAGGAGAGAUUGGCCCGGCUUUACGAGGAAGUAGAGAACGACAUGAUGCUGCUGGGGGCCACCGCCAUCGAAGAUAAGCUGCAGCAGGGCGUCCCGGAGACCAUUGCUCUCCUCACGCUGGCAAACAUCAAGAUCUGGGUGUUGACGGGAGACAAGCAAGAGACGGCCGUGAACAUCGGCUACUCCUGCAAGAUGCUGACGGACGAGAUGACGGAGGUCUUCAUCAUCACGGGGCACACAGUUUUGGAGGUGCGGCAGGAGUUGCGGAAGGCUCGAGAGAAAUUGGUGGACUCUUCCCGGUCCGUGGGCAAUGGGUUCACCUACCAGGAGAAGCUCUCUGCCUCGAAGCUGACGUCCGUGCUGGAGGCUGUGGCUGGGGAGUACGCCCUGGUGAUCAAUGGGCACAGCCUGGCGCACGCCCUGGAGGCCGACAUGGAGCUGGAGUUCCUGGAGACGGCCUGCGCCUGCAAAGCCGUUAUCUGCUGCCGCGUCACCCCCUUACAGAAGGCCCAGGUGGUGGAGCUGGUGAAAAAGUACAAGAAGGCCGUCACGCUGGCCAUCGGCGAUGGGGCCAAUGACGUCAGCAUGAUCAAGACCGCCCAUAUCGGUGUUGGAAUCAGCGGCCAGGAGGGCAUACAGGCAGUGCUGGCCUCAGACUACUCCUUCUCGCAGUUCAAGUUCCUGCAGCGCCUCCUGCUGGUCCACGGGCGCUGGUCCUACCUGCGCAUGUGCAAAUUCCUUUGCUAUUUCUUCUACAAGAACUUUGCCUUCACCAUGGUGCACUUCUGGUUCGGCUUCUUCUGUGGCUUCUCUGCCCAGACUGUCUACGAUCAAUAUUUCAUCACGCUGUACAACAUUGUCUACACCUCGCUGCCAGUGCUCGCCAUGGGUGUCUUUGACCAGGAUGUGCCUGAGCAUCGCAGUUUGGAGUACCCCAAGCUGUACGAACCGGGGCAGCUGAACCUGCUCUUCAACAAGCGGGAGUUCUUCAUCUGCAUUGCUCAAGGGAUCUACACCUCCGUCUUCAUGUUCUUCAUCCCCUACGGGGUCUUCAGCGACAACUCCCACCUGGCCGACUACCAGUCCUUUGCCGUCACCGUGGCGACCUCCCUCGUCAUCGUCGUCAGCGUUCAGAUUGGCCUGGAUACAGGAUUCUGGACGGCUAUCAACCAUUUCUUCAUCUGGGGCAGCCUGGCUGUUUACUUCGCCAUCCUCUUUGCCAUGCACAGCGACGGCCUCUUCCAGCUCUUCCCCAACCAGUUCCGUUUUGUGGGCAAUGCCCAGAACACACUAGCCCAGCCUGCCGUGUGGCUGACCAUUGGCCUCACCACCAUAGUCUGCAUCAUGCCAGUGGUCGCCUUCAGGUUCCUCAAGCUGGACCUGAAGCCUGAGCUCUCAGAUACGGUGCGCUACACCCAGCUGGUGAGGAAGAAGCAGAAAGCCCAGCACCGCUGCAUGGGGAGGGUGGGCCGGGCGGGCUCUCGCCGCUCCGGCUACGCCUUCUCCCACCAGGAGGGCUUCGGAGAGCUCAUCAUGUCCGGCAAGAACAUGCGCCUCAGUUCCCUUGCCCUCUCCAGCUUCAGCGGCCGCCCCAGCGCUAGCUGGAUCGAGACUUUGCGCAAGAAGAAGGGCAGCGGUGGCGGCGGCGACAGCAGCGUGGCCAGCAGCCCUAGUGGGGGUGGGCCAGACAAGACGCUGAAGGUGUGAGGAGGAAGGUCCCCGGACAGACAGACGGACACAUGCAACGGAUGGAACUCCCUGCCUCAGGAGGGGCGGGGAGGGCUGCCCCACGGGCCAAAAAUGGGCCCCCCCGGUAGCCGCAGAGAUGCGGAUCUUACCGGAUGGAUCGAGGAGGCCUAGGAGGCUUGCGGCCGUAUAACCAAAAAGUUGAUGAUAAUAAUAAUCAUAAGAAUAACUGACUGCUGGCUUACAGUGGCAAACAGGUCACUGGCUGGGGUACGGGGUGCACAGGUGUAACCCCCAAACACACACAUACACACACACACACACACAACCCUCAGACUGAUGUUACCCUGAACUGUUGUGCAAAAGGGAGUCUUUUUUCUUCUUCCAAGAAUGAAAAACCCAGUGACAUCUCCCUGAACCGCACAUGAAUGUAUCUGGCUUGGAGGCGCAAGAAGGUUGGGGGCGCUUAAAGGUGCGUCGGAGGCUGCAGCCUCACAUCAAGAGGCGGCGGGCGAAAGAUUGGGGGGGCGGGGGCCCUGCACCCCACUUUCGACCCGCCCUCCAUGCCUUGUCCUCCUAUCAUCUAAUCGUGUCUUUUUAAAAUAUAUAUAUAUACAGAUCUAUAUGAAAGAAAACGAUCCACGUUUACAAAAAAAGAAAAGAAAAAAAAGAUUAUUAUUUUUUUCUAUUCCACAUUGGCAUUGGAAGUUCUCUAGGGGUGCCUCCCUCGGGCACUGGGCAGCGGUGUUUAAAGGACAAGGUUGGACUGGCACGGCUUGGGAGGUCCUUGGUGCCCGCUUCCGCAGGAGCUGUGCCACCCCAAGUGCGAGGGAGAAGAAUUCGGGGACAAGAGGUUGCUAGCCUCCAGCAAGAUGCCUGGAGCAUGGAUUGCCUUUUUUCUUUCGGGGAAAGAGAUUGCGGGGGGAAAGCUUUGAAACACAUCGGCUAUUUUCUCCCCCCCCCCCUCGAAGAACCCGCUUGGUUUGCCCUCUUGUCUGCACCCCAGAGAGUCUACACCCUUGGGUCUGCUAUUCCCAAGGCAGGAAAUAGUUUAAGAAAAAGAAAAAAAAUAUUUUUAUAUAACGUAGGACCUCGGCUUGCAAGCAGCUCCCUCCUGUUAAACACCCAUCCAACCAACCACCUCUGCCGGUUCUCUGGUUUCCACCAACAGAAGCCCACCCAUCACAGCAGAGCUAACUGGGUUGGGCAAAUGUUGGGCUGAGAGCAGGAAGACAAGGGGCUUCACCUGUUGUGCUGCUGGCCAAGGAUGAGGAAUCGGCUGGGCUCAGGCCACAGCUUCCCCCAUCCUUGAGCUCAGCUCGGGGCUUUGCUACUGCAGACCGCAGAGGAUGUGAGAGGGCGUCGAGCCCUUGGCACCCAGUUUCCUCACCACCCUCCCACAAAGCAACAUUUAUUCUGGCAAACGUCCCGAUGGCUUACUUGUCCUGCAAAAGUUCAUUUUUAAAAUAAAUCAGGCACUUGUGGCGAGGCGCUGUGUGAGGACGCGCCUCGUGGAAUUGUUCCAGAAAUAUGCUAGGAACUGGGGUGUUGUAUGUAAGGAUAGCCCUACUCAGAGUAGACCUACUGAAGCGAAUGUUUGUGACCAACUUAGGCACAUUUCGUUUCAGUCAGUCUGACUCUGGAGUGGAUACGAAGAGGAUCACCAGCCUCGUACGCAGAUGAGCAGGGCCUGAAAGUCAGGAUUUGAUAGCCUCAAAUUCUGCUUCGAGCAUGUAAUUCUCUCACUGGCUUGCACUUCAAUCCUAAAUGGCAAAUUUUAAAAUGCAUACACCUCUGUUGUGUCUAUAUAGACGCACACAUACACAGUCUUGAGUUUGAC